AUGAGUUAUGAUCGUGCAAUAACAAUUUUUAGCCCUGACGGGCAUUUAAUGCAAGUGGAAUAUGCAAUGGAAGCAGUUAAAAGAGGUGGAUGUGUUGUAGGUGUUAAAUCAAAUGAUGUCGUAGUCAUUGCCGCAGAAAGGAAAAGUACUACCAAACUUCAAGAUCCAAGAUGUAAUAAGAAAAUAUUACAAUUGGAUGAAAAUUUAGCUCUAGCAUUUGCUGGUCUUAAUGCUGAUGCUAGAGUAUUAGCCAAUAAAACAAGAUUGGAAUGUCAAAGAUAUAAACUUAAUAUGGAUGAAGCUGCAACUGUUGGAUACAUUGCCAAAUACAUCGCAAGAUUACAACAAAAAUAUACACAUAAAGGAGGUGUAAGAUUAUUUGGAGUUUCAUUAUUAGUUGUUGGAUUUGAUUAUAAUGGUAAACCAGCACUCUUUCAAACUGAACCUUCUGGUAUAUAUUCCUCAUGGAAAGCACAAUCCAUAGGCAAAAAUUCCAAACAUGUACAAGAAUAUUUGGAAAAGAAUUAUAAAGAAGAUUUGAGUAGUGAUGAGGCUGUGAUGUUGGCAGUUAAAGCAUUAUUUGAAGUAGUUGAAGUAUCUGCCAAGAGUUUAGAAUUGGCAGUUUUAGUACCCGGAGGUAUGCAAAUUUUGGAAGAAUCUGAACUUGAAAAAAUUGUCGAAAAAUUAAAAGCAGAAAAAUUGGAAUCAUAA